AUGGGAAAGAUCAUCUUCUACGAGGACAGGAACUUCCAGGGCCGGCACUAUGAGUGCAGCACCGACUGUGCCGACCUGUCCUCUUACUUCAGCCGCUGUAACUCCAUCCGUGUGGACAGUGACUGGUGGGUGGCGUACGAGAAACCAAACUACAUGGGGUACCAGUAUGUCCUGAACAGGGGGGAGUAUCCUGACUACCAGCGCUGGAUGGGAUUCAACGACAACAUCAGGUCCUGUCGCAGCUACCCUCAUUACCAGGGAGGCAACUACAGGAUGAAGAUUUACGAGAGGCCUGACUUUGGAGGACAAACGAUGGAAUUCAUGGACGACUGUCCCUCCGUCUACGAUCGCUUCCGUUACCGUGACAUUCACUCCUGCCACGUGAUGGAUGGUCACUGGAUCUUCUAUGAACAACCCAACUACAGAGGCCGACAGUACUUCAUGAGACCCGGGGAGUACAGGAGAUACAAUGACUGGUGCGGAUACAACUCCUCCAUCGGGUCUUUCAGGCGCAUGAGGGACUUCUAAAUUGUUGCUCUUGAAAAUAUAAUUUCAUCUUGUUGAAAUAUCUAGAGGUAAUAAAAUACCUUUUAUGACAUCAUUGGCUUACUUGAUUCAUUUACAAGUUCACAAGUUCUCAAGCUGUAGGAGUAGAAUUAGGCCAUUCUGCCCAUCGAGUCUACUCUGCCAUUCAAUCCUGGCUGAUCUCUGCCUCCUAAUCCAAUUUUCCUGCCUCCUUCCCAUAACCCUUGACACCCGUUCUAAUCAAGAAUUUAUUUAUCUUUGCCUUAAAAAUAUUCACUGACUUGGCCUCUACGGCUCACUGUGGCAAUGCGUUCCACGGAUUAACUACCCUCUGACUAAAGAAGUAGUUUAGCUCUUAGGGCUAUGGGGAUCAAGGGAUAUGGGGAAAAGGCCGGAACUGGGUAUCGAUUUUGCAUGAUCAGCCAGGAUCAUAUUGAAUGGCGAUGCUUGCUCGAAGGACCGAAUGGCUUACUGCAUCUAUCUUCUAUGUUUCUAUGUUUUUAUGUUUCCUCACCUACUUUUUAAAAGAGCUCCCUUUAAUUCUGGGGCUAUGAUCUCUGGUCGUAGAUUCUCCCACCAGUGGAAAUAUCCUUGCCACGUCCACUCUAUCUAUGCCUUUCAUUAUUCUGUAAGUUUCAAUGAGGUCCCCCCUCAACCUUCUAAGCUCAGGCAAGUACAGGUCCAGUGCUGUCAAACGCUCAUCAUAUGCUAACCCACUCAUUCCGGGGAUCUUUUUUGUAAACCUCCUCUGAACCCCCUCCAGAGUCAACACAUCCUCUCUCAGAUAUGGGGCCCAAAUUUGCUCACAGUAUCCCAAAUGUGGCUGGACCAACGCCUUAUCGAGUCUCAGCUCUGUUUUUGUAUCACAGGCCUCUUGAUAGAAAGGUGGCUUUGGUUCCCAAGAAAGUCACAAUAGAACAAUAUUCAUAAUCUAUGGGUCUUAUUUCAAUUGUUUUGCCAAAGAUGAUCCCAGCUAAUGGAUAUCAUUGAGAUGAUUUAUGGGAGGUUGAAAAAUACUAAAUGAGUAAAAGCUUAAACUUUGUCCUUGUGUUGUUGUGGUAAUUCUGUGGCCUCACUCGUGAAAUUCAUUUCUAAUUUUUAUAUCAUGAGGACUCGACUUUAUGAUCUCUGUGAUUAUGACAAUUUCGUGAAGUGACUUCACAAGAAUAUAACCACAUAACGUUUGACAAAACAUAGCUAAUUCCACUUAAGUUGAGCCCUUGUAUACAACAAAAAACCUACGCCAGCUUGAAUCAGUGCCAGUGAUCCUGAGUGCGUCUGAGUUGUCAAAGGUGGGAUUUGAAUUGAAAUCCAUGUGAUACCAUAUGGUGCUAUAGAAUUUUGGCGAGGACGGGAAACUAGAAAGAUCAAUAGCAGGAAUGAUUUAAUCUUUAGUAAACAUAGUAAUGUUAUGUCAGAAAUGUCUUGUCUUGCCAAGGGUGGUGACUCCCUGGAGAUCUCAAAUCCAUAGAGUUGUAGCUAUUUAAAGAUGAGGAGGUCUAACGUUUGGUAGAUUGGGAAAUUCUGAGCGUUACGGACUUGGCACAGAGUAUGACAUGGCCAGGAUCAGAUCAACCACAAUC